GACACCCACCCUCCCUCUGCAGGGUGCAGUAUCUGGCAGCGAUGAACGCGAGCGCCGCCUCGCUCAACGAGUCCCAGGUGGUGGCAGUGGCAGCCGAGGGAGCGGCGGCGGCCACAGCGGCAGGAACGCCGGACACCAGUGAAUGGGUUCCCCCGGCAGCAGCGGCGGCGCUGGGAGGCGGCAGCGGCGCUAACGGGUCCCUGGAGCUGUCGUCACAGCUGCCUGCAGGGCCACCAGGACUGCUGCUGUCGUCGGUGAAUCCCUGGGAUGUGCUGCUGUGUGUGUCCGGAACGGUGAUCGCGGGUGAAAACGCGCUGGUGGUAGCACUCAUAGCGUCCACGCCCGCUCUACGCACGCCCAUGUUUGUGCUAGUGGGUAGUCUGGCCACGGCUGACCUGCUGGCUGGUUGCGGCCUUAUCCUGCACUUCGUGUUCCAAUACGUAGUGCCCUCAGAGACUGUAAGCCUGCUCACGGUGGGCUUCCUAGUGGCCUCUUUCGCCGCCUCGGUCAGCAGCCUGCUGGCCAUAACAGUGGACCGCUACCUGUCCCUCUACAACGCACUCACCUAUUACUCGCGCCGGACCCUGUUGGGUGUGCACCUCCUGCUCGCCGCCACCUGGACUGUGUCCCUUGGCCUCGGGCUGCUGCCAGUGCUCGGCUGGAACUGCUUGGCCGAGCGUGCCUCCUGCAGCGUGGUGCGCCCGCUGACGCGCAGUCAUGUGGCGCUGCUCUCGGCUGCCUUCUUCGUGGUCUUCGGCGUCAUGCUGCACCUGUACGCUCGCAUCUGCCAGGUGGUCUGGCGCCACGCACACCAGAUUGCGCUGCAGCAGCACUGCCUGGCGCCGCCCCACCUCGCUGCCACCAGAAAGGGCAUGGGAACGCUGGCCGUGGUGCUGGGCGCUUUCGCUGCCAGCUGGCUGCCCUUUGCCAUCUACUGUGUGGUGGGGAGCCACGAGGACCCGGCCAUCUACACUUAUGUCACCCUGCUGCCUGCCACCUACAAUUCCAUGAUCAAUCCAAUCAUCUAUGCCUUCCGCAAUCAGGAGAUCCAGCGUGCCUUGUGGCUCCUGUUUUGUGGCUGUUUCCAGUCCAAAGUGCCCUUCCGCUCCAGGUCCCCUAGUGAGGUCUGAAGGGCUUCUUCCAUGUCCUCUCACCAACACCGCAUCCCCCACAAGCCAGCCUUCGGUGAGCUUCUUGGUGCCUGCCUAUGAACUCUAAGAUCCCUGUGGUGUGACUCUGACUUUGAGAGGGGCAAAAGAGGGACUAAACAUACAUGCAACAAACUCACAAGGACAGCGAGGCUUGUUGGUACUUUACAUAUACAGUGUAUACAUGUGUACAUAUAUAUACAAAUAUUUGUAUCUUCUGGGGUGUUCAGGAUGUGGAGCUUCCUGUGCUGUGAAAAACUAUCUAAAAGAUGUGGUUGUGUACUCAAGUUGUACAUCACAUUUGUCAAGUGAAGACAUUCUAAUAUUGCUUACUAUAAUAGCACUUUAUUUUUAGCUGCUGACCUGCCAAAACAGUGUUGCCAUUUUCAAGGGCAGAGGGGAGGGAAUAAAAGGUGUAUUUUUGUUGUAUGUGAUAGAAUAUUUUGCUGCACAUGCAUCGACAAACUACAACAUAUUUUGUACACAAAUAAAUACAUUAUAAAAAUGU